CACUCUAGACAUCCAGCAGUCUCGUACGGUGAUCAGCGCGCAAACAGAACUGAGACCGACUACGUGGCAAUCAUUGACAAGUAUUUCUACGGACCAUUUCUCCGGAGCUACGGGACUGUCCAACGAAACGACGAUGACUACGGUAGGAAAGACUGAACAUGAACGAACGACGACGGGAACUGUUAGGUCCGCUCAUCAGGACGCCACUACGGCGGGAGAAAAUACGAGGGCGCCUCCUGAAGGAACAACAGCGAGAUACACAGACGACCAAAAAACAUCCAACUCUGUACAUCCUUCCAGUCCUGCAGCAACGACAUCAACGGAAGCAAAGCAGAUGACCGAUAUGAACGGAAUGAUAUCAACUGUUGAGGAGCAAGAAUGGCCAAGAGCAAAAACGGACCACAGUGACGAUGCCUUCGAAUCAACUCAUAAACAAAAUGAGAGUGAGCGCAGCACCACGACACAGGCUGAACGAACAACGGCGAACGGCGAACGGUCGACGACACCAAGUACGUCAUUGAAGACAACAGAGCGAGACAAACUAGCAUCUGUGACUACCAGAGAGAAGAUUCAUGUCAAUGACACUGGAACUUUCUCGACGACACAGAAGAAGCAGUAUGGUCUAAGUACGAACACAGUGCGAGUUCGUCUGGGCUUCGAUGCCGACUACGGGGACCGCGUGCAAGGACGCCAGUGGCAGUUCGCCGCCCACAUGAGACAACAGCUGAGCGGUCUGCUACGCGUUCCCCUGGAUGGGAUUCAGAACGUCACCGUCACUCCAGGAAGUAUUCGGCUGGCGUUCGACUUGGUUCCAGUAAAGACAGCCACACUAGAGCUGGGUCGGCCGGAUCUUGAAGCAGCAAGAGCGGAUCUGAUGACGCGCAUCAACCGAGGCACGGUCACCCUCACUGAUCUGGACGGAAACCGUUUGCCCAUUUUCACAACAUAUUCUAGUCGCGGGGAUACCAUCUUAAUGGUUGCAUCAAUCAUCAGCGCCACCUUCAUAGCCUCAGUGCUUCUUCUACUGGUCAUCUUGUUCGUUCAGAAAAGGAUGAACCGAACCUCCAAAGUGACACCCACGCAUCAGCUGUACAACCGUCACUUGGAGCAAAGUGACUCGUUUUCUGGUUUAGUGCCAGGACGGGGGCUACUGAGCCGCCACCUGAAUCAAAGUGUCGGAAAAGAAAUAUUGAGCCACUUCACAUCUAGACAGGACUCUGCUGUGCCAGGCCCUCCAGAGUACAAGCUACCCGGUAAAUCCGCAGCAAGUGACGAUGAGACAUCACAGGACGAAUACACGCAGUCGGACAGCUCCGUGUAUCCCGAUACAUCUGAUUGCACGCCGUCAACGUUCACGCACUGGACAACGGCAAACUCAGCGCAUCUGGAAGACACACAUCUGAGGCUCGAUCGCCCUUGACUGCGUUCCAUCGUCUGACGGAAUCAAAAGAAUCAAAAGCGGGAAUCGUGGCGGAUGACGCAGCAAAGAUUGCCGGCGGUGAGGGAGUCCGCGCGGCUACGGCAAAGCUUAGUCUUGAACUGCACGCGGAAACUGAAACAGCUGUCAAAUAAAAUAUUGCCUCCACCUA